GCGGGAAGCCGGGCAGGGGUUUUUUUGCUGUCGCCAUGGGGAAUACUGUGGCUAGAGAGGAUUUCGAAUGGGUCUACACGGACCAGCCCCACGCCGACCGCCGCAAGGAGAUCCUGGCUAAACAUCCAGAGAUAAAAGCAUUGAUGAAGCCAGACUACAACCUGAUCUGGGUGGUUGUGCUGAUGGUUCUGGCGCAGUUGACUGCAUUCUAUCUGGUUAAAGACUUGGACUGGAAAUGGGUGGUCUUCUGGGCUUACGUUUUUGGAAGCUGUAUUAGCCAUUCCAUGACUCUGGCUAUUCACGAGAUCUCCCACAACAGUGCCUUUGGCAACAGCAAAGCCAUGUGGAAUCGAUGGUUUGGAAUAUUUGCCAACCUCCCUCUUGGUCUCCCCUACUCCAUAUCCUUCAAGAGAUACCACAUGGAUCACCAUCGUUACCUAGGCGGUGACGGCAUCGAUGUGGAUAUUCCCACCAACUUCGAGGGCUGGUUUUUCUGCACCCCGUUUAGGAAGUUCAUAUGGAUUGUUCUUCAGCCUUUCUUCUAUGCCAUUAGACCUCUUUGCAUCAAUCCUAAACCCAUUACUCGACUUGAAAUAAUCAAUUUAUUGGCUCAGCUCAUCUUUGAUGUGGUGAUAUAUUAUUUAUGGGGAGUCAAAUCCAUUUUCUACAUGCUUGCUGGUUCAGUACUUGGUCUUGGGUUGCACCCAAUUUCGGGACACUUCAUAGCUGAACAUUACAUGUUUUUAAAAGGACAUGAGACCUAUUCCUACUAUGGGCCACUUAAUUUGCUCACUUUUAAUGUUGGCUAUCACAAUGAACAUCAUGACUUCCCAAAUAUUCCUGGCAAGAGCCUUCCACUGGUGAAGAAAAUAGCAGCUGAAUACUAUGACAACCUGCCCCAAUAUAACUCUUGGAUAAAAGUACUGUAUGACUUCGUGAUGGAUGACACAAUCAGCCCAUAUUCACGCAUGAAAAGGCAAUUAAAGGGUGAAGUGAAGCAAGAUUAAACUUCUGGCAACCAAAAAACUUUGAAAUGUCUGCUUGCUUUAAAGUGGCUGGUAUAAAGGUUUCCUGCUCAAGCUGUUCACCUGUGUCCUGAAUUAAGAUGUACAGCAACAUAGCAAUGCAUCCUUAAGGAUUUUGUAGCAGGCUCCUACCAGCUAUAACAUUCCUCACAGCCCUCAGAUUCAUUGGUUUAAUGUGUCUCUGUUUGCCUAAGGAUCAGUGUUAUACAUAUAAUGCAAAAUCACUUUGUUACAGAAUUUACUUUGGUAGGUGUUAAAUCUAUAUAAAAUGUCUGGCUCAUAACAGUUUAAAAGUUCUCAAUGUAGUAUACUGCCCUCAACGUGCUAUUUAGAUGGCUAGUUUUAAAAUGCUGUACUUAUUUGUUAAUUCUAAACAAACAUGAUUUGUUAACUUAAACAUUCUGUUGAAAAUGUUUCUGAACUGAUGGUUGGAAGAACUAAAUUUGCACAGACAUGUUCAGUCUGCUUUUGUUUAAAUGUGUCUUUUGAAGCAAUGCUUUAAAGUUCCACCUUUUCUAUUGAGAGUACCUUAAAGGAGCAAUUUAUGAGAAUGAAUCUGGUAUCUUUGAGACGGCUUCUGUGACUUCUUUGUUUUAAAAAAAAAAAAAGGUGGGGAAUUCAAAGGUAUUGCCGAUUCCAAGGGUCCCACCUACUUCCUGAGCUGCUUCUGUUGGCAUGUAGUGUGAACAGGUGGCAUUUAGGUAACUUAAUAUAUCUGAUGUGGGAUUUCAUGUUGGAAAAAUCUUGUUACAGAGUUUGGGGGUUUUCUGAUCUUUGAAGAAAAAAUUAUUACCAUGUUACUAUGGUUUCAAAUAUAAGUAUUUACACUCA